UUUUUUUUUUUGCCCUCCUCUAGUGGAUAAAUGAGAAGCUUCCCUCACAGGUAGAUUGCAUUUCCAUAUAUAUAUAUUUCUCUCUCUUAUAGGUAAAAAAUGGUCUAGAUGAACCAAACAAACCACUUUGACUUUGUCCUCUUAAGCCUCUCCAGCCAGUUUGAACACCAAGGUCUCUUUUUCCUAGUUUUUCUCAUGGUCUACAUGUUGUGCCUUCUGGGAAAUCUUCUGAUUAUUGCACUCAUCCAUUUUGAUGACCACCUUCUCCAUACCCCAAUGUACUUCUUCCUCAGCCAUCUCUCCCUAGUCGACACCUUCUUUGUUUCCACCACUGUGCCCAAGAUACUGUCAAAUUUGAUGUCCAAGACAGGGACCAUCUCCUACAGAGGAUGUUUGACUCAGAUGUAUUUCUUUUUGACUUUUGGCAAUACUGAUAAUUUCCUCCUGGCUUGCAUGGCAUAUGACCGCUAUGUGGCCAUUUGCCAUCCAUUACACUAUACCACAGUGAUGAGUCACCAGGUCUGCGUCUUCCUGGUGUCUGGCUCUUGGAUCUUCUCUUCUCUUCACUCCUUGCUCUACACACUUCUGAUCUCACGGCUUUCUUUCUGCACCUCUUGGGAGAUUCCCUACCUCUUCUGUGAUGUCUAUCCCCUCCUUGAUAUUUCCUGUUCUGACACAAGGCUCAUAAAGGUCCUGGCACUGACAGAAGGCAUGGUGGAUAUUCUGGGACCUUUUGCCCUCAUUGUUAUCUCCUAUGUGUGCAUAUUCCAUGCUGUCAUGAAAGUCCCAAUGGCUGGUGGUCAGCGUAAGGCCUUCUCAACUUGUGGCCCUCACCUGGUUGUUGUAGUCUUGUUCUACGGCACUAUCAGCUGCCUCUAUUUCCAGCCUACCUCUGCUUACUCAGCCCACAAAGGAAUUUUCCUCUCUCUCCUGUAUGCAGUGCUCACCCCGACACUUAACCCCUUCAUCUACAGCCUGAGGAACCACGACAUCAAGGCCUCCAUGGCAAGGCUGCUAGUCAAGUCCAGGGCUGUUUUGAAGAAGUGA